UACUUGUGCGGUUUCCUCUCUCGCUCGUUGUUUCUCCGUCUUGGUUUCCAAUUAUUUUUUAGCUUUCAGAAACGUCAACUUGUUCCGAAGAACGCAGUAUAUUAGUACUGUCGUGUUCUUCUUCCACUUUUCAGGCCUGGUUGGGUAUAUAACUAUACAGACGUAGCUACUAGCUAGCACUUAAUAAGCACCUAUACAGUCACGCGCCCAGUGCCCGGGACCUCAAAAAAGGAUCAUCUUUAAUAUAACAUGCUCAUUUCUCCAAGAAAUCAAGCCACUACUUCCGUCUGUUUGUGUUUAUGUAGUUACUGUCUCCACUGUCUGUUGUUAUUGUUGUUGGGUUUUUAGGUGUCUGGUCUGGUCUCCCUUUUUUAGGAUGGAUUUUGGGGGGGUGUUGGGGGGUUUAGAUACUGGGGUGUUGCCAGCAACUGCUAGUGUUUUCUCUGAUGUUGAGUCCAAGCUGAAAUGGUGUGGAUCUGGAGGGUUUCUGAAGCAAGAAAGGCCGGCGCCGGAUGAUUGGAGAGAAACCAAGUUUGCUAAAACUUCCACCGCCGCAAUUCUGAGAUCUAAUGCUAACCCAGGCUCUGAAUCCGGCCAGCAAAUGCUCAGUUUCUCUUCUCCCAACUCGCAGACACUGCCAUUGCCGUCUUACCAUCACCAAAUUUCUGUCGCUUUUAGCAGAAACUCAGGGUAUGGAGGAUUGAAUUCUGGGAACAUGCAUGGGUUAGUAAGUGGAGUGAGAGGGCCAUUCACUCCAUCUCAGUGGAUGGAGCUGGAACACCAGGCUUUGAUCUAUAAGUACAUAACUGCAAAUGUGCCUAUUCCUCCUUAUCUGCUCAACCCCAUCAGAAAGGCCUUUGAUUCUGCAGCCUUAUCAGCUUAUUCUGGCCUGAGAGCCAAUUCUUUUGGAUGGGGUGCAUUCCAUCUGGGAUUCUCCAACACCACUGAUCCAGAGCCCGGGAGGUGCAGGAGAACCGAUGGGAAGAAAUGGCGGUGCUCGAGAGAUGCAGUAGCCGACCAAAAAUACUGUGAACGGCAUAUGAACAGAGGCCGUCAUCGUUCAAGAAAGCCUGUGGAAGGUCAAGCAAGCCAUUCCGCCUCGGGGACAACAGCUGCAACUAAGCUGAUGCCGGCUACUUCCUCAGCAGCAUCAGCAGCUGUGGUGUCCGGAGGCAGUGUUUCCGACAGUAUUGGCUUCUCAAAUCAGAACAAUUUGCAGCCAUUUGCAACCAAUAAUCCUUUUCAACCAUCUCACCUUUACAGGAGCUUUCUGGAUAAGGGAAAUCGUGGUGAGACGUAUCAAGAUGCAACCGGGCUGCAAAUUCUAUCCCCAGGCAAAAAAGAGAGUCAACAACAUUCCAUAAUAAAAAACCAGCAUUCUUAUGAAGCACCAUCAAGGUCAGGGUUUGGAUUAGUCUGCUCCAACCCUCUGCUAAAUCCUGAAGAUGUGAGUGACCGUGAGAGCAAAACCCGCCAUUCACUUCAUCAGUUCAUGGAUGAUUGGCCCAAGAGCCAGCCAGACAUUGAUCUGCAAUCAGACCAGACUCGCCUCUCGAUCUCCAUACCAAUGUCCACUUCAGACUUCAUGUCCUCAACGUCGUCUCCAGUGUCUGAGAAGCUUGCAGCUUCCCCGCUUAAACUAUCGUGGGAGCAUGAAACCACGCAAAUGGGGCUAGGAGUCGGGGCAGUCAUCAACGAACGAAACCAAAGACAAGGAAACUGGAUUCCCAUUGCAUGGGAAUCAUCCGUGGGUGGACCUCUAGGCGAGGUUUUUCACAGCACUAACAGCAAGUCAAGUGACUGCAAAAACGCCUCGGCCCUUAACCUCAUGGAGGGAUGGGAUGGGAGUCCAAGAAUGGCUUCAUCCCCAACUGGAGUUUUACAGAAGGCGGCGUUCUGUUCGCACUCGAAUAGCAGUGCAGGGAGCAGUCCUAGAGCUGAGAACAGCGUUAUGAACCUGCCAUCCCUGCAAGCUCUGUAACCCUGAAUCAAGAAGAUGAAGAUCAUCAGUUUUAAUCUAGCUUUUUUUCCAGUUAAGAUUUGUUAAUUUGAUUGCUUGUGUAAUAUUUUCAGCCUUGAGAACACAUAGCUUGUGUUAUGCCCAGUGUAAUAGCCGAGUAAAUGGCAUCCAUCAUCAGACUUGAAGUUUAGAUUUUGCUCUAAUUUGACAGUGACUUGUUUGGUUUUUGUUUUCUUUGAUCAUGUGAUUUUGUCUGUGGUUUGGUGGGUUUAAUCAACAAUGUCUCUUUCUGGUGGA